AUGUCUACUGAAAGCUUUGUCGACGUCCUGAUCAUCGGCGCCGGUCCGGCAGGCGUCAUGUGUGCCACCGCGCUUGCCAGUGCAGGCGUCAAGGUGCGAGUCAUCGACAAAAGAGACACUCGACUGGGGACGGGUCAGGCAGACUGUACUGAGCCGAGGACGACCGAGGUGCUUCACAGUUACGGUCUCAGCGAUCGUCUCCUCCGCGAAUCCGUCCAGCUUCACAUGGCUGCGUUCUACAGCCCGGGUGAGCAAGGCGGGAUUAAGUGUACUGACCGGAAGCCAGACAUGGCUCCGACUGCGCGCUUUCCCUUCAAGCUCGCUCUUAAUCAGGCAGCAGUGGAAGCUAUAUUCCUGGAUUCGAUGAAGGCGAACGGACUCGAGGUUGACCUCUCGAUUGCCCCCACUUCCAUCACCUUCGAUGAAGCCAAGCUGUCUGACCCUACCGCGCAUGCCGUCAAGGUUACUCUGCAACACCUCGAGACCUCGCCAACUCCGGGCCGAAAGGAGACAGUAAACGCCAAGUUUGUGCUGGGCGCAGACGGCGCUCAUUCGUGGGUGAGAAAGGCCCUUGGCAUCACAAUGGACGGUGAUCAAACAGAGCACAUAUGGGGUGCAGUAGACCUGGUCCCCGACACGGACUUCCCCGACAUCCGGAACCGCUCCACCAUUCACUCUGUCAAUGGAAGUAUCAUGAUAAUCCCACGCGAGAACAACAUGGUUCGCUUGUAUGUUCAGCUUUCUAACCAAGACGUUGUCGACCCUUCCACUGGACGCGUGGACAAGAACCGUAUGACUCCCGACAAGCUGAUGGCGGUUGCCCAACAGUCUUUCCUCCCUUACGUGCUCAAAGAUGCUAAGGAUAUUAACUGGUGGACCGUCUACAUCAUCGGACAACGAGUAGCAAGCAAGUUCUCUGCUCACGAACGUGUCUUCAUUGCCGGAGACGCCUGCCAUACCCAUUCUCCAAAAGCAGGGCAGGGAAUGAACGCUAGCAUCAAUGACAGUCACAACUUGGCCUGGAAGCUUGUACACGUAAUUCGGGGAUGGGCAGACUUAUCUCUGCUUAAAUCGUACGAGUUUGAGCGCCAGAAGUAUGCACAGGACCUCAUCAACUUCGACAAGACACAUUCGGAACUUUUCUCGGCAAAACCCAAGACGAAGUCGUUCGAGGAUGGCGUGAGCCAUGAAGACAUCGUCAAGGCCUUCAAGACCUUCCAAGGGUUUGCAUCUGGUGUUGGGAUCCAAUACAGCGAGUCGGCCUGGAUCGACGCCAAACACCAGUCGUGCGCUCCAAACCUCAUCAUCGGGCAACGCAUGCUGCCCCAAGUCUUCAUCCGCGCAUCCGACUUUUGUCCGUAUGAUAUCCAGGACUACCUCCUUUCCGACGCGCGGUUCAAGGUGCUUGUGUUUGCUGGAAACAUCAACGACAAAGCGCAGCUCGCCAAGGUGCACAAGUUGGCAGAGGAGCUUGAGAAGCCCACAAGCUUCUUGCGCAAAUAUUUGAAGGAUGGGCAAAAUGUUGAGAGCAAGUUCGGCGUUGUCACGAUCACCGCUAAAACCGAGGGGCUCGUCAACUCGCUCGGACUUCCCGCAUUGUUCCGCCCUCAUUGGACAAAAGUCCUGACUGAUGACAAAGACGUGGCGCAAGCCACGGGAGGAGGUGCUUACGAUCGGUUCGGCAUCGCUCAGGACAAGGCUACGCUCGUCAUUGUGAGGCCAGAUGGUUUCGUAGGCACGAUUGCGCCAGCGUCACGGUUCGAGGAUGUGAAUAAGUACUUUGCGGGUUUUAUGCGUGCAUGAAGAGAGUCUAACAGCUUGAUUUUCUUUUCAUGAACAUGUAACUAAUUUGAACCAACCGCGAUGUACAAUAUACUUAGAUGGCAGCG